AUGGAGAGGAAUCAAGGCAAAAAAUUUCAAGAUUACUUGGGCCAGACAAAUGAAGCACUAGCGAUAAUAUUAUUUUCAGGAAAUAUAGAAAAUAAAGCUAAAGAAGAUAUUUUGAAUAGAGAAAUAAUAGAAAAGCAGGUACCAAUUGAUGAUUUUAUAAGUUUUUUAAAACAAAAAGAAAUUAGCUCAAUUGAAAAUGCAAACCAACUUCAAGUUCUUAUAGAAGAAUAUCGAAAUAAGGGAUUAGAAAGUCCUCCAAAAAAUUGUUCUAUAGAAGAAACUUCAAAAUCCGAAAAUCCUCAACAACUAGAACAAAGCAGUAGUUUAGAUGAUUAUAGCUCAGUAGAUUCAUCACCUCGCAAGCUUGAGCUAUUAUCUGAAGUUUAUACAGUCUCAGCCCAAAAUCUCCCAGAAAAUGAAAUAUCACUCCAAGAUCUACAGAUCUCUAUUUCUGACUUCCCCGCCAUGAAUGAACCAAAUUUUUUACUCACAUAUGAAAUGUGUCUAAUUUUUGUCCAAAUAUUUAUUAAUUUAAUUUAUAAAUUUAGGUUUUAGAAUGAAAUUUAAUAUAUUUUACUAUAAUAUUAUCACCUAUAUGAUAAAUAAUUUUAUUUUUGUAAAAACUUUUUUGAUCAUUCGCAGAACGGGAAGUAAGUAAUUUUAAGACAGCUCGCAAACCGAUUCCAAAUUAUAUACAUUGACAACUCUGCCAUUUGAAUGGGUUGUUCAACGAAAAAUUGAAGACUUUGGGUGGCUCAUAAGAAGACUUACUUCAUCAUUCCCUGGCUCUUUUAUACCUCCACCUUUACCCAAAAACAUCGGCAAAAAUAAAGAAGAUUCUUUAUAUAAAAUCAUUACAUUUCUUCAAAGAUUUAUUAAUGACGUUAUUUCUCAUCCGCUUUUAAAGCGAUCACCAAUUGUUAUGGGCUUUUUGAAAGAAGAUGAUAACGAAAAAUACAAAUUAUUUAAAAAACAAAUAAAAAAGCUUAAGAGUCCAGAAAAAGUCAAGCUGAUGUACUCAACAGGUAGUGAUGUGUCCUGUGACUCCUCAACAAAUAAUGAAUUUUGCAAGCACUUGUCUGAAUAUAUUCGCAAUGCAGAAUUGAUACAAAAAAGUAUUAAAAAGGUGUCAGAGCAGCUUGAAAAUCAACUUGGUGAAGUUGUGUCUACAGUUGGAAAAUUGUCUCAUUAUAUCAAAGAAUUGUUGCUAAUUCAAGAAACUUUGCCGAAAAAUAAAUUUCAAUGUGAAGUUUAUGAUUCAGUUAUUCAUACACUUGAAGUAUGGCAAAAUGUCGACUUGGAGCGCAUAAAAUCAAUAAAAGAUCAUUUCAAUACUUUUUUCAAAUAUUCUUACUGUGAAAUUCUCCCAUUAAAAAACCUUAUAAAAGAAAGAGAUAAUUGGUUAGCUAAAUACAUUCCAAAAGAAAAAAAAAUAAAAGAAAAAAAGGAGAAGCUUUGGGAGCAAGGAGAUGUUAUGAAAUGGUGGGACAGCUCACAAGAAGUAUAUAUUGAUGUCGAAAAAUUAAAGAAUGAUAAAGAUUUAGCUUUUUCUAAAAUGCUUAGCAAAGAAACAAAAAGUGUCGAAAAAACGAAAAACAUGUAUGGAUUUUUUAAUUCUAAAUUACAAAAUGAAACGGCGUGGUUUUUGAGAAAUGUUACAAUAAAAAGCUGUCAGAAUUUUAAAGAAUAUGCAAAUCAUGAAAUAGUAGCUGCUUCAAGGACAAAGCAAGAAUGGGAAGAGUUGAUUGAGAAAUUGGAUAAAUUAGAGUGUGAAGUUAAAGCUGAGUAG